CUCUGUUAUGUGUGCCAUGGUCUCAACCCAGCAGUGUUGACAAUAGGGUGAAAGGAAACAGCCCCGGAUCAUAGACGAGCAAAGAAAACACCAAAAUCCAGGGUUUUUGGGGAAGACGAGCGAGUGAAUCAAUAACAGGAAUGUAAAUGCGUUAACGUAAUCGUUUGUGUGUAUCGUAGGUGUAUUUUGUAAUUAAUGGGAGUUUGAGGAUUAUUCAGUUGGAAGGAAGGCUACUCGUGGGUUUGGCUGUUUCAGGCCAAAGAUUUUCCUGCUGCUCCGCCGCUGCUGGGGAAAGGCUGUUCUCACCGAACUGGAGGUAGCCUAACUAAUAGCCCGAUAGCUUUCCAAACAUAGGAUAACUCCUCGCCGCCGUCUCCGUUGCGAACCGCAGAGGAUCAAGGUAAAGUACUACGAUUGGAGGGCUACCAGCCACUUGGUCGGCUGCAGCUUGUCGGGCUCGGGUCGGGACUCGGGACGGUGUGUGUCUCCCAGCCUGGUCACUCUGUCAGUCUGUGAGCGCUAGCUAACGGUAGCAGCAUUAGCACUGCCCCGUAUUUACAUCUGGGAUGAUGGGUGAUCGCCCGAGCCCGCCCAGGGCUAUGUCCUCGGCAGCCACCACAGCUCCCUCUGUGGACAAAGUGGACGGAUUUUCACGGAAGUCUGUCAGGAAGGCCAAGCAGAAGCGGUCGCAGAGUUCGUCCCAGUUCCGCUCUCAGGGCAAACCUAUAGAGCUCACGCCCUUGCCCCUGCUCAAGGACGUGCCGGCGGCGGAGCAGCCGGAGCUGUUCCUGAAGAAGCUGCAGCAGUGCUGUACUGUCUUUGACUUCAUGGACACGCUGUCAGACCUCAAGAUGAAGGAGUACAAGCGCUCCACGCUCAACGAGCUGGUGGACUACGUGACCGUAAGCCGGGGCUACCUGACAGAACAGGCCUACCCCGAGGUUGUGAAAAUGGUGUCUCACAACAUAUUCCGGACCCUUCCGCCCAGUGACAGUAACGAGUUUGACCCUGAAGAGGAUGAGCCCACACUUGAGGCCUCCUGGCCACACUUACAGUUGGUAUACGAGUUCUUCAUUCGGUUCUUGGAGAGUCAGGAAUUCCAGCCCAGCAUUGCCAAAAAGUACAUAGACCAGAAGUUUGUCCUACAGCUCUUGGAGUUGUUUGACAGCGAGGACCCUCGGGAGAGAGACUAUCUGAAGACAGUCUUGCAUAGAAUCUACGGCAAAUUCCUGGGGCUGAGGGCUUUUAUACGAAAACAGAUCAAUAAUAUUUUUCUACGUUUUGUUUAUGAGACGGAGCACUUCAACGGGGUGGCUGAGUUGCUGGAGAUCCUGGGGAGUAUAAUCAAUGGUUUUGCUCUGCCACUGAAAGCAGAGCAUAAACAGUUUCUGGUCAAAGUGUUGAUUCCCCUCCACACUGUCAGGAGUCUGUCCCUCUUCCAUGCACAGUUGGCGUAUUGCAUUGUACAAUUCCUAGAGAAAGACCCAACAUUAACAGAACCAGUCAUCAGAGGCUUACUGAAGUUCUGGCCAAAAACCUGCAGUCAAAAAGAGGUGAUGUUUCUAGGGGAGCUGGAGGAGAUUCUGGACGUCAUCGAACCCACACAGUUCGUCAAGAUCCAGGAGCCGCUUUUCAAACAGAUCUCCAGAUGUGUCUCCAGCCCACAUUUCCAGGUUGCAGAGCGAGCUCUUUACUACUGGAACAACGAGUACAUCAUGAGUUUGAUUGAGGAGAACUCCAGCGUCAUCCUGCCCAUCAUGUUUGCCAGCCUCUACAGGAUCUCCAAAGAGCACUGGAACCCGGCAAUCGUGGCGCUGGUAUACAAUGUACUGAAGGCCUUCAUGGAGAUGAACAGUACCUUAUUUGAUGAACUCACAGCCACUUACAAGUCGGACCGCCAGCGUGAGAAGAAGAAGGAGAAGGAACGGGAGGAGCUGUGGAAGAAGCUGGAGGACCUGGAGCUGAAGCGGGGCCUUAGGAGCGACGGAAUCAUCCCAACUUAACAAAGACAGCGCCGCGCUCCCCUCUGUCCCUCCCCUGUCCUACUGCUCCUCUCCUCCUCCUCUCCCCGUCCGACUCCCCGCUCCUCCUCUGCCCUGAUCCCGACUCUCCUGCCCUCGACAUUAGCCAUGUCUGCCCAGAGCUCCUGAUACAGGCUGUCGUCUCUGGAUCGACACAGAGCGCUCGCUGGUUUCUUAAUUUUCUUUCUUUCUUUUUUUUCUUAUGCUUUUUUUUUUCCUCCUGUGUUUGUGCGACUUACUUUACAGUAGAUUCAUUACGUCUGUUUUCAUUAUUUCAACAGCACUGUAAAUAAUUGUUUUUUUUUCUUUUUUUCUCCCUUAAACUGAUAUUAUUGCAAAUGGAAAAACAAAA